AUGCCUGAAGAUGUUGUUCCUUCUGAUGCUCUUGGUGCAGAAAGUAGUUGCUCUGAGCUGCCCAGCGAUGUAAUAACCAAAUUCUACCAGCAUGCCCUCGCUUUGGCCUUUGCUGUGAAGGAGAUCAAUGAGGACUCCCAGAUCUUACCUAACAUCACUCUCGGGUUCCACAUCUGUGACAGUUACUACAACCCAAGGAUGACCUAUCGCACCACUCUGGACCUGCUUUUCAAAUCCCAGGAAUUUCUCCCAAACUACAAAUGUGAUAGCCAGAAGAAUAUCAUGGCUAUCAUUGGGGGACUAGGUCCUGAUACAUCAUCCUUUAUGGCAGAAAGUGUACAUAUCUACAAAAUUCCACAGCUCCAUUCAUUUCUUCAAGGCAUUUCUUUUAACAAUUCAGCUGGAGAGAGAGUGUUCCUGAAUGGCAAAGGGGAAGCAACAGCUGGAUUCGACAUCAUCAACUUGAUCACUUUUCCAAACAGAUCCUUUCAGAGAAUUAGAGUUGGAAAGAUGGAUCCUCAUUUUCCCAAUACAAAGGAACUAAUCAUUAAUGAAGAGGUGAUUGUUUGGCACCCAGCUUUUAAUCAGGUCCUUCCAUUUUCUCAGUGUAAUGACCAUUGCUCCCCUGGAUACUGGAAGAAAGGGUUGGAAGGAAAACAGUUCUGUUGUUACAACUGUGUUCCAUGUCCAGAAGGGAAGAUUUCAAAUCAAAAGGAUAUGGAUGACUGUUUUCAAUGUUCAGAAGAUCAUUAUCCAAAUAAAGAAAAGAAAGGAUGCAUCUCAAAACUGCUGGUUUUUCUAAGUUUUGAGGAAACCUUGGGAAUUAGUUUAGCCACUGCAGCUGUUUCUUUCUUCUUCUUGACAUCUUGUGUACUUGGAACUUUUAUUAAGCACAGGGAUACUCCCAUUGUGAGAGCCAACAACCGGUCCCUCACCUACACCCUUCUUGUCUCUCUUCAGCUCUGCUUUUUCUCACCUUUGGUCUUCCUCAGCCAACCUGGCAAAGUGAUCUGCCUUCUCCGACAACCUACUUUUGGCAUCACAUUCUCAGUGGCAAUUUCAAGUGUCCUGGCCAAAACCAUCACUGUGGUUGUGGCUUUCAUGGCCACUAAACCAGGAUCUCAGAUGAGGAAGUGGGUGGGGAAAAGAUUGGCCUUUUCUAUUGUCCUCUCAUGCUGUCUUCUACAAGUAUGUAUUUGCAUUCUUUGGUUGUUGAUAUUUCCCCCAUUCCCUGAGCUGGACAUGCACUCAGUGCUCCAAGAAAUGAUUUUACAAUGCAAUGAAGGCUCAGCUUUCUUCUUCUAUUGUGUCUUGGGCUAUAUGGGAAUCUUGGCCAUCGCCAGCUUUAUUAUGGCUUUCCUUGCCCGUAAAUUACCUGACAGCUUUAAUGAAGCCAAGUUCAUUACCUUCAGCAUGUUGGCCUUUUGCAGUGUGUGGAUCUCCUUCUUUCCAGCCUAUCUGAGCACAAAAGGAAAAGCCAUGAUAGCUGUGGAGGUCUUCUCCAUCUUGGCUUCCAGUGCUGCAUUACUGGGAUGCAUAUUUUUGCCAAAAUGCUACAUCAUUGUUUUGCGACCUGACCUCAACCGCCGGGAACAACUUAUAAAAAGAAUGUAG